AUUAUACUAUUAUGAAUCCAAGAUUAAUCAGUCUCAAGACUCUCUCUUAUCACUACAAAAUAACACAUCCCCACUAUAUUAAUCAUCUUGUACCCUAAAUUCCACUUCUAGUGCAAAAUGAAGCAACUACACAUUGUCCUCAUCCCAACCAUGGCUCACGGCCAUAUGAUCCCCAUGCUUGAUAUGGCUAAGCUUUUCAUCUCAAGAGGCCUCAAAGCCACCAUCAUCGCCACCCCUUCCUUCUCCGCCCCCAUCACCCAAGCCCAACUCUCGGGCUUCGACAUCGGCCUCGCCAUCACCCCAUUCCCUCCACAGGGCUCCUCCUUGCCCCAAAACAUCGUCUCUUUCAACCAAAUCACCGAUCCCGAUUGCACCACCAGCAUCUUCCGGGCCAUGGAGCUGCUGCAGGAGCCCGUCGAGGAAAUCCUGCAAGACCUCCGCCCUGACUGCCUCGUCUCCGACAUGUUCCUGCCGUGGACGGCCGACUCUGCUGCCAAAUUCCGAAUCCCGCGCCUCGCCUUCUACUGCACCAGCUACGUCACGCGGUGCUUGUCAGAGCAAAUCGAGAACAGCAAAGCCUUCAACAACGUGACAGAGGAGACGAUUCUCGUGCCCGGUCUUCCUCACCAGCUCGAGUUUGAAGUAUCGCAGCUUUGUCCGUUUUUCCUUGAAGAAACUGCGAAUGACUUCACUGAAAUGCUGGAGAAAAUGAAUGAGUCUUGGAAGAAGACGUACGGAGAGGUUGUUAAUAGCUUCAACGAGCUCGAGUCCGCUUAUGCCAAUCACUACAAGAAUGUAAUUGGGAGGAAGGCGUGGGAGAUAGGCCCUCUUCCGCUAUGCAACAAGAUUCAGCAGAGAGGAAAGGAAUCCGCCAUCGAUGAGCAUGAGUGCUUGGCUUGGCUCGACUCCAAGAGGCCGAACACCGUCGUCUACGUAUGCGCCGGCGACACCGCCACCUUCAGCAGAGCGCAGCUGCGCGAGACCGCAGCAGGGCUGGAGGCGUCCGGGCAACAUUUCAUCUGGGUAGUGAGGAAAAACGAAGACGACGACGAGGAUUGGGUGGCGCUAGGGUUCGAGGAGAGAGUGAGGAACAGAGGGCUGAUCAUAAGGGGGUGGGCCCCUCAAGUGAUGAUUCUCAGUCAUGCUGCGGUGGGGGCUUUUGUGACGCACUGUGGAUGGAACUCGAUUCUGGAGGGGGUGUGCGCGGGCGUGCCGAUGGUGACGUGGCCGGUGUUAGCGGAUCAUUUUUUCAAUGAGAAGCUGGUGACGGAGGUUUUGGGGACUGGGGUUUCGGUUGGGAAUAAGAGGUAUAUGAUGAGGGAGAGCGAGGGAGUGGAACGGGACGCGGUGGCGAGGGCAGUGGAGGAGGUUAUGGUGGGCGGAGGAGCGGCGGAGAUGAGAAGGAGAGCUCAGAAUUAUAAGGAAAUGGCGAAGAAGGCCGUUCAAGAAGCUGGAUCUUCUUACAAUAGUUUGAAUGCUCUCAUUGAAGAAUUGACAAACUAUGUUGCUCCUACCAUACAAGACACAGAUUAGGACUUUUUUUUAUCUACUUCGCUAUUUUAUUUUGAUUGAAAAUGUAAGUUCAGGUUCCUAGAGCCUGUAGCAGUAACAACUUGGGAUAGCAAGAAAAAUAAUCUGCUACGAGAAUCAAAUGGCUGCUGGGGAGUAUAAUUAAAUUAAUUCACCCAACUAA